CGCUCGAGCUCCAUUGAAAGUGGCUCCCCGCUUCAGUGACAAUACAGGCGGACAAGGGGGCGGACCGGCGAGAGGAAACUUCACAGAAAACAAUAGCAGUCACUCCGCUGACCUCCGUAUAACUGUUUUUAUUCAGCAGCGUUGAUAUUUCACAAGAACUGUGUUUGCAGACACACGCGUCAGGGGUUUUGCGGCGGUGGCUCGUCCAGCGGAGGAAUAAUAACGUGAGCAGGAAAACGGAGAGAGAAAGGUGAGGUGAAGGCACGUUUGGGAAAGAGGAGAAGGACAGCGACAAGUAAGCAGCCACAGGUAGCCCCACACGUUAGCUGUCGUGGCAGAAGAUAUCAAAGUGCAGGCAGGUCAUGCGGAUUUCUCCGGUCGCUGAUCGGAGCGCCGCGUCGCAGCAGUAAACGGUGGGGGAAAGAGAGAAGAAGAAGAAGAAAAACAGAAGAACCAGACCGCUUCUCUGCCGCUCCGACUGCCCGUCCAAGCGGGCUCCUAGUCAGGGGGAAGAGCCACCAUGUCCCGGAGAAAGCAGAGCAAACCCCGGCAGAUAAAGCGUUCCCUCGGGGAUCUUGGCAGUGAAGAGGACAACACACAGGACAACCUCAGCCUAUCGGGAGAGGAGGGAGGAGCCUCGGAUCCAGAUGAUUCAGCAGAAGGGGAAAGCUCUAGCCCCCCACCAUACUCAUCACUGUACAAUGAAGAGCCCAGAACGCAGGACUCUCGAGAAGGCCCCGAUGAUGAAGACGAGGACGGGGAGAAGCAAGGUCCGACCCACAGCGGAGGGGAGGAGGACGAGGAGAGGGACGAAGAGGACGAGGUGUUACAGUGGAGGGGUCCCGAUGACCUGGAGUUAAGUGAAGAAGGUGGUGACAGCAGGGUGGUAGCUGGCAGGGACCUCCAUUCAGACACAACGUGGGGCCCCUACCCAGGAGUCCUUAGGUCAGAGGGCAGCACGGAUGAUCAGGAGACAGAGAAUUCCAGCCUGACUGUGGUGUGUGAAGAUCCAGACUGUUGGAUUAGUCGCCUCCCUCUUACCUCUGACGCCUUGGCUGCCAACUGUACCAUCUACAAUCAAGGUCAGGAGUUGUUCUGUAAGAUGACCAGAGAGCUUGCAGCUGGUGAAAGGCUCCUGGCCUCCCUGUCGCCUCUUCCAGGCUCCUCCUCCCCGCUGGACCAGCUCUCUCCUCCGCUCAGCCUCGUCAUCCAGAAACAACCUGUGGUGACGGAGGAGUCGCUGUACCCGCCAGCGCUACGCUCAGACAUCCAGCUCCUCCCACAACAAGCUGGCAUGGCUGCCAUCUUGGCUACUGCUGUUGUCAAUAAGGACAUUUUUCCAUGCAAGGACUGUGGAAUCUGGUACCGCAGUGAGAGGAACCUGCAGGCCCACCUUAUGUACUACUGCGCCAGCCGACAGAAGCAACCAGCCGCAGCCUUGUCCCCCCCACAAGACAAACCCAAGGAGUCCUACCCCAACGAACGCGUCUGCCCCUUUCCACAGUGCAACAAGAGCUGCCCUAGUGCCAGCUCACUGGAGAUCCACAUGCGCACACACAGUGGUGAACGUCCAUUCGUCUGUCUCAUCUGUCUGUCAGCCUUCACCACAAAAGCUAACUGUGAGCGCCACCUUAAGGUCCACACGGACACACUGAAUGGGGUGUGUCACGGUUGUGGAUUCGUCUCCACCACAAGGGACAUCCUCUACAGUCAUCUGGUCACAAGCCACAUGGUUUGCCAGCCUGGAUCUCGCAGUGAGGUCUACUCCCCAGGGCCAGGCCUUCCCAAGCUGCCCCUGUCCACUGGUCUCAGCCCAGGAGACUCUGGUGUGGUGCUAAAGUGUCAAGUGUGUGGCCACAACUCUGACUCCCCUGCCCAGCUUCAGCAGCAUGUUCGAACCCACCUGGAGGUUAGGGUCCCAGCUGAAAGGAGCCCCACCCCUCGCCAAAGCACCCCAUCAUCAGAUGACCACCCCCAGCUCCAGCCGUCUCUCCAGGAGAGGGAGCCCCUAGCCUGUGUCCCAAUGCCGGACUCAUCCAGUCCUGGUGCAAAUGGCGGCUCAGCCACACCUCGAGACUACAGCCCUUCUGACGCCCCAACCACUGACCUGAAGAUCAAAGAGGAGCCUCAUUCAGACUCAGAGACAGAAGAGCAGCAAAUGGAGAUUAAGGAGGAUGGAGAGGAAGAAGAGCUUGGUGAAGAGGAGGGGGAUCAAGAAGCAAGGAGGAAGACGAAGGAGGAGCAAGGAGCCACAUCAUCCUGCCACACAUCGACCUCUCCGAAAAGUCCAGCUAUCGCAACAGUGAAGGCAGAACCAACUAGUCCCACACCUGGUUCCAGCCCUGCACAUGUGGGAGGCGCAGGGUCUGUUCUUCCUGGAGGAGCAAUGUUCUUGCCUCAGUACAUGUUUAAUCCUGAGGCAGCCAUUUUGCCUCAGGCCUCAGAAAUACUGGCAAAAAUGUCCGAGAUGGUCCACAGCCGUCUGAAACAGGGUCAAACAGUUCCUCCGAACAACCCGGCGGCCUUCUUCCCCUCUGGAGGGACUGCAUCUGCCGCUGCAGCCACUCCCCCUCACAAAGGAGCCACUUGCUUUGAAUGCGAUAUCACGUUCAACAACAUCAACAACUUCUAUGCACAUAAGAGGCUUUACUGCUCCAGCAGGCACCACGGAGAAGGUGCAACCUCAGCUUCAGGCCCUGGAGCGACAAGGGAUGCAGCCUCAGCCACGAUACCUUCCAGUGAGGCACAUGGCUUGUCUGCAUCUCCUCAGGGUGGAGCAGCAAGUAGAGCAGCCUCUGCUUCUCCUACUGACUCUGACCCUCCUGCAGGGAGUGGAGCAACCGAAUCCAGGAGGGUGGUGGAAGUAAAGACAGAAACCCCUGCUGGGAGAGAGGGAAUAUCAUCUUCUUCUGAAGGGGAAGGUGGAGGUGGAAGUGUUGGAGGAGGAGUUGGGGGAGAAAGAGCAAGCGAAGGCAGCCAGAGUCCAGCUAGUGGUUCUGCAGAGGACCAAGAAGAAGAUCCCAAUAGAACCUUCUGCCAGGCCUGCAACAUCCGCUUCAGUCGUCACGAAAACUACACCGUUCACAAACGAUUCUACUGCGCGUCACGCCACGACCCAACCAACCACCGAGCCGUGCACAUGGCUAAGGCAACGACCGCAGCAGCAUUCCUUCCCCAACCCAUCCGCAAACGCAAGAGGAAGAAGAUGUAUGAGAUUCACAUGGCCAGGACCGAAGCCUUAGCUAACGCUGCUGCUGCUGCUGCUGCUGCAGCUGCCGCCGCCGCUGCUUCUGCACCAUCGCCCUCUGUUCUGGGCUUGGCAGUAAAGCAGGAAGUUUCUCCUGGCGGGGCUGGCAGCUCCAGCCCCGAAGGAGAUGGCCCCAUCGACCUUAGCAAGAGGCCCCGUCUGAGAGAGGCUCCACGGCAAAGCAGUAGCAGUAUUCUCCCUGCCCUGCCUCUUACUGACUACCACAAGUGCACCGCCUGCAGUAUCAGCUUCAACAGCAUUGAGAACUAUUUGGCCCAUAAAACCUACUAUUGCCCUGCCACCACCCUCCAGCCCCACACCAUGGAGCAGCUCCACAGGCUCAAGAGAUCAUCCUCUACCUCUCCCAAAAGCAGGCCUCAGCAGGAGCGCCCAGAUCUUCUGCACCCUAUGGAGGCCAAAGCUCUGCCUGCUGAGUGGGUCGCCCAGGCCCAAGGCACAUCAUCCAGUCCUCACCCCUCCGCCUUACCGGCCUCCGACGCCACAUCUCCUCCGCAUACGACCACCACACUUGCAGCCACCCCAGGAGCUGGAGCCAAAGGCGUGAGCCCCAGUUCUUCUCAGAUGGUCUGCCCUUACUGCCCAAACAGACUCAUCACCUGUGAUCUGAUGGAGCACUUCAAGACGACCCACGGCCUGGUUGUAACCAUUCAGCCGCCCCAGCCGGGCAGUGCAGUUAGUCGCAGCCCCAGCCUUAGUCCCAGGGAUGGUGCUGCUGCAACCACCUCAACCAUCCAGCCCCGACUUGUCUCCCAAGUUCACAAAGACGGCGUCAACGGGCAGGCAAGGAGUGGGACAACUUCUCCCGCGUCUCCGCUGGUAAACGGCAGCCCUUCAGCCGGGGGUGGACCACAUUCGGCCAGCUCACCUCUGCCCAUGUCUCCCCCAAGGGCUCCCUCUCUGACUUUGUCACCUGUGCCUGAGGUCCUGAGGGAGACGGUGGGGUCGUCCCACCUUCCAGACAAGGCUGUCCCAACCAUGGCCUCCCAUCCUGUACCCACACCCCAGCCUGCCCCUGCCCCCGGCCCCAAAAGCCCACUGAUCUCCCCCGUCCUGAACGGUAACUCCCGGUUCUGUCGGCUCUGCAACAUCAAGUUCAGCAGCCUUUCCACGUUCAUAGCUCAUAAGAAAUACUACUGCUCUUCCCACAGUGCUGAACACGUCAAGUGAGCUGAGUAUUUUGUCUUUCCCCUUCCCCCCUACCUUUCUGAGUGGAGGUUUUCCUUCACCAGGUUUCAAGAAGCUCAGAUGUCCCUGUUCCUCUGCCAGCCCCACCGACAUGGGUGCCAAAAUGGCGCUAAGCUGGCAGGACAAUGAAUGACAAUGAAUGACUGUUACUCACCUGGCAGGGUCUGAUGCCCGGCUGCUUCAGAGCAGAAUUUGCAGGUGGUGUUACUAACAUACAUUGACUGAUAUUUCUCCUCUGAUGGGUCAAAGUUUGUAGUACACUAAGAGCUGAGACAGAUGCUACCUGCACACACUAGUGUGCCCUCGUCCCCUAGAUCACUCUAUCUUCGUAUCCCAGUCACAAAUUCAACAUCCUCCACUCCCAGGACUCAAAGUAUGUUGCAUUAUGGGACGUUAAAAAACAAUUACGUCAACAGCCUCUUUUCUCUCUCUGUUGAACCGACAGUAAUUAGACUCUGACUGUAGGAGGCAUUUCUGACUGAUGACGAGACCGUAAUGAUGAUGCUGAUUAUGAUGAAUCUCCAGUUUUUCCCUGAGCUCUUAAUGUUCCAGACCUAAACAGAGGAAUCGUUUCUCUUGUGUGGAAAAAGACUUGAUCAUUGUUAAUGUUUUUAUUAUCUGUGCAUAGUGUAUGAUGUCUGAAAAAAAGAAUUAUAUAAUGCUUUUGGUUUCAACACUGGCUCUUUUUUGCUUACUAGAGAAGCUAAAGCAUUUUUAGCUAAAAAACAAAUAUGUGGUAUCACAAUGUUACUAAUUACUGAAGGAUAAUAUUUCAAAAUGGACAGUUUUUUUCUUGUCUUUCAUACACACAAAUUUUUAUUUUCUCUUUAAAAUGCAAGGGAGGAAAAAAAUGUGAAAUAUUUAUCUUUUCGUCCUCACUGAUUUCAUGUCAACAGAAAACUACCUACCUGGUGUCUGAGAGUACUUGUAUUUUUUAUUUGUAUAUUUUUCAUACUGUUGGAAGGAACUGUUUGGAACUGGGUGUGUUGAAGUGUAUUUUCUAAGUGUAGAUAUCUAAUAUCUUCUCACAGUAAUCACUGGGAUCACACUGAACUUUGUUAUCACCUUAGCAUUUGGUGUUCUGUUUAUGUAGUCUUUAAUUGAUGGUAAGGUCUGAAAACCAGCGCUGUUUAUUUUGAUCCCCUCUUGUACCUUGCUGAUAAGCAACACGAUUAGAUCAGAACAGCUUUCUCACUUACAGCUUUUCACAUGAGAAAGUUGAAGAGAGCGCUUCUGACCUGUUGUGUGUAUACUGUGGUGAGAAUGAUGUAGCCUCCCAGAUCUUAGAGGACACAAAAUUUAAAUUUUCAAUCAGAAGUCUUUAGUUACUACUCCAUACCAUAAAAAGUAUGACCAUUACAGACACUCAGCUUUACAUUAUUUGUUGCGCACUGCCAUUUCAUAUGUAUAUUAAGGGAUACACAAAACACCAAACAAUGAAUAUUCGGUGUCUAAUGCACAUCUUAAAAGAUGACAUUUUUCUUUUAAAUGAUUGUGUUUCUGUCCGGCAAUGAAGGCAUAGCAGGGAAUAGUCACAUCUUAGUACAACACCUCACAUAGUGGAGUAAGCACAUAUAUAAUAACCACUUAUUGUGGCCUGUGGUGUGUAUGUGUGUGUGAGACAGACUGUGCUUUUCCUCUCUCACUUUAUAGCUCUCUCACUCAUGCUCACACACAGUUUACGCCAUGUUCCCAUGCUGCUGUUGCAGUUGCAAUACAGUGUUAGUUAGAACUGUGAAAUACUUUUUUUUCAACUUCUGAUGCAAACUUACUAAUGUCAUCUUAAGCUUUUUAGGGCCGACUUAACUUAAAAUUGAAGUUUAUAUAUCGCAUCCAGACACUGGAUUUUCUUUUUCUUUAAAAUUUGGUUCAAAUUUAUCUCUCAAAUUGUGAAAUUUGACACAUUUCCCUCAGGAUUUUGUUCUUGUUAAAGUAGAGCAUUUGGACCUUUAUGAUACACUGGAACUAGAGAGUUGUGAAGAAUUAGUUGAAAGUUUCAUUGAGGCCAAUCCUCAGCAAGGGAGCACAGAAACCAGAUAUGCCGUUCAAACUGUAAACCUACCAGCGCAGGACAGAUCUGGACCUGUGUUGGCUACUACUGACCUGUUUAUUUGGUAGUAUACAAAGCCUGGUCAAAGUCUUCAGUCUCCUGUCAGAAGUGGUUGGGUGGAAUAUUGUCAUACCUGGGGUUUUUUGGUCACUUAGGUAUAACAGAACAAGCUGUAAAUGCAAAAUUGACGCAUUAUCUCAACAUAAAUUUAUUUUGGCCAAUGUGGCUAAUUAUAAGAUCCUCAUUAAAUGAUUAAUCUUAACUCUAUCUGUUCCCAAAGCUAAAAAAUCAAACGUAAAAGUGAAGGAUUUUUAACAUAUAACAAAAUUCCUAGUUCAUUAUUAUUAUUAUGUUGCCCUUUUGUGGUUUGGAGCAGCACUGUACCAGACACAUCUUACUACUAAGUGUUUACAAUUGUGCUGGUCUAUCUCUCUUAGUUCAUAAGGAGAGAGAAGGAGCAGAAGAAAAUCCCCCAUGUCAUGUCAACUAGUCAAAAAUUGAAUAAUUGGGUGCUGGAAAUCAUUAUCUGAACUUACCGCCUUUUAAUUGCACUGUGUUGUAUAAAAAUGUGCUGAAUGUUUUAGUUUUAGCAACUUUUUUUGUAAUGUAUUUAUGUUAUACAGAACUUUUCCCCAUCCAAAGUGUGUCACCUUGAAGGACUUUCUGAAAUAUUUUAACUCUCACAUAAAACGUUUUUUUUUUUUCUAGUUGUAAACAUGUUUUCUUAAUAAUUCCUCUGAUAUCCAUAAUGGGAAAAAUCACAAUGAAUGUCAAAAACUUUUAUUUUCACAUAUUUCAUUUCAGUUCCAUUACACUCUUGUCCAAACUAUGCAUGGGAAAUUAAAAAAAGUUCUGAGAGACACUGAGAA